CAGCGCCGCUGUUUCUUCCUUGGCCGAUCGAUGGGAUGCCUGCCAUCGUUCAGAAGCAAAGCAGCAAACUUGGCCGUCGUCCCUUGGGUAAGCACUAACUCAACAUUUUCUGAGGAAAAGGAUUUGACAACAGUAGAUCCUAAGAAGGAAUGUGAAGUUCCUGAUGGACCUGAUACAUCACCUUUUACUGCAUGCUUAAUCUCUUUCUUGUCAUCUUCAAAGUCAAGUAAUCAUCCUACUGGAGAUCAAAAUAAGACUGAAAGUAGUGGAAGGAUAUCUUUGUUUACUAGAGGCAGGAGAAUACUUGGAAAAGCUAUCAACAAGGCUGCCAAAAUAAUUGGAUUGAGACAGAGUUCAGAAACCAAAGGCGAACACAGAUCAGUUUCGGUCACAAAGCAUGAUAAUACAUAUUCUGAACUGCCAGACAUGUCUGAAAAAUCAAUGCUUCUGUCGGAUAAUAUUCGUGCUGCCCUCUACUUCUCACUGCCAGCAUUAGUUAAAGGGACAAAUUGGGUGCUGCUAUACAGCACAUGGAGACAUGGGAUUUCUUUAUCGACUCUUUAUAGAAGAAGUGCACUUUGUCCUGGCUAUUCUCUCUUGGUUGUUGGCGAUAGAAGAGGUGCUGUUUUUGGUGGACUAGUUGAAGCACCACUGCAACCGACCAAUCGUAGAAAGUAUCAGGGAACAAGUAGCAGCUUUGUUUUCACUGAUCUAUCUGGAACUCCUGUAAUAUUCCGAGCUACAGGUAGGAAUAGCUAUUUCACACUUUGUUCAUCAGAUUCCUUGGCACUGGGCGGUGGCGGCCACUUCGCACUAUUCUUGGAUGGAGAUCUGUUGAAUGGAUCGAGUUCUUCUUCAGAUACUUUCGGCAAUUCCUGUCUCGCCCACACAGAAGAGUUUGAAGUAAAGGAGAUUGAGUUGUGGGGUUUUGUCUAUGCUUCCAAGUACGACGAGAUGGUGGAACUGUGUCGAUCCAAAAAAGCCAGGAGUUCUCAGAUGGUGAACUAAUUUGUUUUGUGCUCGAAAAUCAGCUGUUUUGUUUCGUUGUUAAUUACAGCAACUGAGUUGUAAUGCAAAUAUGAAUGGUUUUUAAUGCAAGUUCAAAACAAGGUUAGCUA